AUUAUAUAAACAUAAAUAUGUAGUAAAAUAAGUUAAUAAUAUGCUAGUUAGAAGUGGUGAAUUUGCUUGUGAUGAAUUAGGUAUGUUGAACUUCGCGUUUAUGAUAAGCUAAUUAGGUAAGCUUUAAGAGAAUAACUGCCAUUAGUUAAAUUUUGUGAACUUAGGUUUGGCGGAUUUGCUUGAUAUUUUCCGUGGUAUAUAAGCAUAGAAAAGUAAUUAAAUCAGUAAGUAAUAUGCUAGUGAUUAGUGCCCGUGGGGAGUUAGAUAUGUUGAAUUAAGCCUUAGUGAUUCGGUCAUCUAAAGUUUAACAAAAAUAUGUAAAUUUUAAGAAAGUAAAUGUCAUUAGAUAUGGUUAAUUUAGAAGCGGGAAAUUAAGGUGUGGUGAGUUUACGUGAUAUUUUCAAUAUUAUAUAAGCUCAGCUUUUGUGAUAAGCUGAAUAAUGUAGGCUUUACGAGUAUAAGUGGAAUUAGUUAAAUUUUAUGAACUUUGAUUUGGUGGGUUUCUUUGAUAUUUUCAAUACCAUGUUAACAUAGAAAUGUAUGUAAUUAAAUUAGUAAGUAACACGCUAGUGACAUUUGGUGAAUUUUCCCGUGGUGGUUAGGUAUGCUGAAUUAAGUCUUGGUGAUUCGGUCGUCUUAAGUUUAACUAACUUUUGUAAGCUUUAAGAAAAUAUUUGUCAUUAGUUAGAUGUGGUUAAUUUAGAACUGGUGAGUUUAGGUGUGGUGUGUUACUUUAGUAAUUUCCAUAUUAUAUUAACAGAAAAAUGUCAUUAAAUCAGUUAAUAAUAUGUUUACGAGGUAUGACAAUUUCACCUCUGGUGAGUUAGGGACUUUUAAUUAAGCUUUGGUAAUACAGAUGACUGCAUGAAGUUUAGUUGAAUUAAGUAAGCUUUAAGUGAGUGUCAUUAGUUAUAGGUCAGGUGGUGAACUUAAAAGUGGUGAGUUUAGAUGUGGUGGAUUUCUUUAAUGCUUUAGAUAACAUUAAUAUAAAAAUGUAAUUAAAUCAGAUUGUAAUAUGGUAAAUUUGGCUGUGUUGAGUUAGGGAUGUUGAAUUAAGCCUUAGUGAAUAUGAACGAAAUUUGUUAACAUAGUAAGCGAAAAAAAUGCUAUUAGUUAGAUGUGGUGAAUUUAGAAGUGGUGAGUUUAGGUGUGGUGAGUUUUAUUUAAACUUUGUUUCUUUCUCUACGUAUAAAAAUUUUUGAUGCUGCUCUUAAACUAUACCCUUUUCUUCAACCAAAUGCGGUCAGUAAUUUGCUCUUAGAAAUUAAACUCACUAACUAUAAGCUGAACGAAGAGAAUCUUACAAAUAUAAAAAGUCGCACAAGUAAUAUAUUUCAGACCAUAUACACUAUUUGUUUACAGCAACAAUUUUGGAUUUUAUACUUUAAAUCGCCUGAAAUAUGUAUGCGCCAUAGUUACAGAGUGUUCCUAGUUUCGAAGAGAGUCUGGUAGAAUUUUUGUAGUAAUAUAGAAGUAUACAGUAGGUGGUUAAGGGGAUCAAAGGGGUUUGAGUUCUAAAAUCUUGCGUACUUUUGACAUUUUUUUCCUGUUAAACAUUUCAUUCUUCAAGAACCGCUUUUUUCCAUUUAAUAUACUUAUUCCGGUAUAUAUGGACUUGGUACUUGGACUUCUGUUGUAUUAGUAUAGUAUAAACAUACAUAUAUACCGCUUGUGAAUACCCUUUGUCCCCCCCUUCUUUUGUGCUCUCCAACGAAUAUACACAACAAAAACAAUCAAAAAUUUUCCAUCAAAGUUUUUUUUUUUUGAAAAUUUGAUUAUCAAGAAAUAAUGUAAACUUCAAAAACGCACUGCGAAUACACAGGCGAUGGAACCAAGUCGCACGAGAGUUUGCAUUUGUUAUUUAAUAUCGACAUUUCUAAUUGGUUACUUCAUCUACAUACUGGUCUCAAGCAAUUUGGAGAAUAGGCGCAAACUCGGCCGACUGCGUGAGGAGGUCGACGAGAUAGCGCACGUUGUGCUGCACACGGCGCCGGGACAAGGUGACACAAAGCACUUAAAUGAGAUCGUUGACGGCAUACUGAAGAAGCGGCUCGCCGGCAUCUGGGAUGACUUGUACACGAUGAAAAAGCAGUUGCGGCUCACAGAAUGUACCGGCCGCACGACAACGACGGCACACACCAUGACGGGGGAGGGUGAGGGCGGCGCUUUAAUGGAGCGCACUAUGCCGGCGCGUGUCAAUUAUGCAGCGGAGGAGUUAGGCGCAAAGGUGCAUGAUGUGAACGCUGAGCCGCUGAAUGGCGGCAAUCUGGUGCGUUCAGUGCUCGGGCUGCAGUACAGCGCAAAUCCGCCUAUAAAUAUGCUAAAGCCCGGCAUGGAACCGGGCAAUUGUUUUGCUUUCAAGCGCGCCAAGGCGGUGGUGACCAUCAAGCUGGCGCAGGCGAUAUUUGUGGAGAGUUUCGAGUUGGCGCAUCUGUGCAAGGACAAUGCACCCAAUAAUGAUACAACGAGUGCGCCGAAGGAUUUCGAAGUUUACGGCAUCACCGCUACUUCAUCGAAAGAAGCGAAGUUUGGUGACUUUACCUACACAAAUCAGCAUCCGCCCGCACAAAAUUACGAGGUGAAGAGUGAAUGUAAAUACCUUUAUAUGCGCUUCAAGUUCAAGUCGAAUCAUGGACAUCCGGAAUACACCUGCAUCUAUCGCAUUGCAGUCUAUGGGCGUAGUCAGAAGUGAGCAAUAGUUGGCGAAAGGUCUUAAGAUCAUCCACAUAUUUAUAGGUUUUAUCCCUCACAUGGGGUAUAUAAUAUACAUAUGUACAUGCGGUAAAUAGUAUUUAUUACAACUUUUUUAUGACUCAGGUAAAAUAUUUGUUAAAGAAAAUUGUUAACUUUUCUUGCUUACACUUAUGUUUGGUAUAUUUUUUACACCAUUAUUAAAACCUACACUGAAAAAUAUUUUUUUUUUGCAUAAGUGCUAUGUGAACUGUAUUUUUUAUAAUUCUUG